AUGGGCAAUAUCUGUUUGAGGCUCCGGGCACACUUGGAACCCUGUCUCCCCUGYGUGUCCCAGGAGGCAGACAAGUCGGUGGUAAUUGAGAAUCCAGGGGCCCACUGUCCCCCUGAAGCUCCUCAGACUGUGAAACAUGAACCCAAGAGAAGCCAGAGGCACUACUUUGUGGCUCUGUUUGAUUAUCAAGCUCGGACAGCAGAGGACCUCAGUUUCCGUGCAGGUGACAAACUCCAAGUCCUGGACAAUUCCCAUGAAGGCUGGUGGCUGGCCAGACACUUGGAGAAAAGGGCAGAUGGCUCCGGCCAGCAACUGCAGGGCUAUAUUCCUUCUAACUACGUGGCCGAAGACAGGAGCCUACAAGCAGAGCCGUGGUUCUUUGGAGCAAUUAAAAGAGCAGAUGCAGAAAAGCAACUAUUAUAUUCAGAAAAUCAGACGGGUGCUUUUCUCAUCAGAGAGAGUGAAAGCCAGAAAGGAGAUUUCUCCCUUUCAGUUUUAGAUGAAGGAGUUGUGAAACACUACAGAAUCAGGACACUAGACCAAGGGGGCUUUUUCCUUACCCGGAGAAAAACUUUCUCAACACUGAAUGAAUUCGUGAACUACUACACCACCACAAGUGAUGGCCUGUGUGUCAAGCUGGAGAAACCAUGCUUAAAGAUACAAGUCCCAACUCCUUUUGAUUUGUCCUAUAAGACCGUGGACCAGUGGGAGAUAGACCGCAACUCUGUCCAGCUUCUGAAGCGAUUGGGAUCCGGUCAGUUUGGAGAAGUUUGGGAAGGCCUCUGGAACAACACUACUCCAGUGGCCGUAAAGACGUUAAAACCAGGUUCAAUGGAUCCAAAUGACUUCCUGAGGGAGGCACAGAUAAUGAAGAGUCUAAGACAUCCAAAGCUUAUCCAGCUUUAUGCUGUUUGCACUUUAGAAGAUCCAAUUUAUAUUAUUACAGAGUUGAUGAGACAUGGAAGUCUGCAAGAAUAUCUCCAAAAUGAUGCUGGAUCAAGAAUCCAUCUGCCUCAACAGGUAGACAUGGCGGCACAGGUUGCUUCUGGAAUGGCCUAUCUGGAGUCCCAGAACUACAUCCACAGAGAUCUGGCUGCCAGAAAUGUCCUUGUUGGUGAGCAUAAUAUCUACAAAGUAGCAGAUUUUGGACUGGCAAGAGUUUUUAAGGUAGAUAAUGAAGACAUCUAUGAAUCUAAACACGAAAUAAAGCUGCCGGUGAAGUGGACUGCACCUGAAGCCAUUCGUACUAAUAAAUUCAGCAUUAAGUCCGAUGUGUGGUCAUUUGGAAUCCUUCUUUAUGAAAUCAUUACUUAUGGCAAAAUGCCGUAUAGUGGCAUGACAGGUACUCAAGUAAUCCAGUUGUUGGGACAAAACUAUAGACUUCCACAGCCAUCUACCUGUCCUCAGCAAUUCUACAACAUCAUGUUGGAGUGCUGGAAUGCAGAGCCUAAGGAACGACCAACAUUUGAGACACUGCAUUGGAAACUUGAGGACUAUUUUGAAGCAGAGUCUUCAUAUUCAGAUACAAAUAACUUCAUAAGAUGAAUACUGAAGAAG